AUGGAUUACUGGAGUGCCUUGGAGGUAUACAAGGAGAUGGUGCUUCUCUACUUGGAGGAAGCCCGAAGGUUGGUGAACGUACAUUGCAGGGACUUCGAGCCAUGGCAGAUCAUCGGAGUGACACUUUUCAGCACGCUGACAGCAGUCUGGCUUAAAGGAUUCCUCUUCCAGCAAGAAAGUCUCCUUUCAAGAAUGAAGAAGCAAUGCUUUCGACUCAUCAGAAAAAUACCCUUUGUUGGCGGAGCGAUCCAGAGCCAACUGAACAAGGCUUUAGAUGACAUGUCUGCCAGUCUGUGCACUCUGAAGAACGGCAUGAGCUAUACUAAAAAGCUGCCCUCUAAAGGUCUUUCGCAGAAGCAAGUGCUGGAAAAGAUCAGCGAGUACCAAACUCUGAAUGAGGUGAAGUGGCAGAGCGGCUGUGUUUCAGGCGCAGUGUACUGGGGUGAUGAUACACUCACUAAACUACUAGUAAAAGUGUAUGGAGAUUUUGCAUGGAGUAACCCACUUCACCCGGACAUCUUUCCUGGAGUAAGAAAGAUGGAGGCAGAGGUCGUCAGAAUGUCUUGCACACUUUUCAAUGGUGGACCCAGCUCCUGUGGCACAGUAACUUCAGGAGGAACAGAGAGUAUACUGAUGGCCUGCAAGGCUUACCGGGACAUGGCCUAUGAACGUGGUGUCAAAUACCCAGAAAUUCUGGCACCAGUUAGCGUCCAUGCAGCCUUUGACAAAGCGGCACAUUACUUUGGGAUGAAGCUUGUUCACAUUCCCCUUAAUAAGAUAACAAUGCAAGUUGAUGUGAAGGCUAUGAAGAGAGCAAUAAACAAGAACACGGCCAUGCUUGUAUGCUCAGCCCCCCAGUUUCCACAUGGGAUUAUUGACCCCAUUGAAGAAGUCGGCAAGCUGGCUGUUCGCUACAGUCUUCCAUUCCACGUGGAUGCCUGUCUGGGCGGUUUUCUGAUCGUUUUCAUGGCCAAGGCUGGCUACUCUCUCGCACCCUUCGACUUCAGGGUUAAAGGUGUUACCAGCAUCUCUGCAGAUACUCACAAGUACGGUUACGCACCCAAAGGUUCCUCGGUGGUUCUCUACAGUGAUAAAAAGUACCGUCACUACCAGUACUUUGUGGCUCCAGACUGGCAGGGCGGAAUAUACGCCUCGCCUUCAAUAGCGGGCUCCAGGCCUGGAGGAAUUGUUGCUGCCUGCUGGGCGACCAUGAUGCACAUGGGCGAGAAUGGAUAUGUUGACGCUACUCGCAAGAUCAUCAGUGUAGCACGCAAAAUCAAAACUGAGAUCAGAAGGAUGAAAGGCGUGUUUGUGUUUGGGAAUCCAGAAGUUUCCGUGGUGGCGAUUGGCUCGAACGAUUUUGAUAUUUUCCGUCUAUCUAACGCACUGACGUCAAAGGGCUGGAAUCUGAACACACUUCAGUAUCCAUCCAGCAUCCACAUUUGUUGCACAGUCCUGCACACACAGCCAGGUGUGGUGGAACGCUUUAUUAGUGAUGUCAGGGAACAAGUUGCCAUCAUUCUGAAGAACCCAAAAGAAAAAACGACGGGAAUGGGAGCGAUCUACGGCAUGGCUCAGUCCAUACCAGAUAGAUCUAUGGUAACGGAGAUUUCCCGAGGCUUCCUGGAUUGUCUCUACAGCACAGAAGUGCCCAAGUCAAGCACUAACCACAUGAACGGUAACGGUAAAGCCCACUGA